AUGACGAAAGAGACCUUCCAACAGUUUGAUAUUGCCGAACGGAACGACAGACUCGCUAUCUUCGAUGGCGAUUUCCUCAAAGACAUCCCGCAGUACACCAAUCAAUGGAACACCAAGAAGAUCGUUCUCGUCGUCAGCAAAGGUCUCUACACUGCUCACGACUACAUCCAGCAACUCGAAAAAGUCCUACACUCAAAGAUCGUGGCGACUAAAGUCGGCGUAGGAGCCCAUUCGCCUUAUCAGGAUGUCAUGGAUAUUGCCCACCUAAUCCAACAACACGACGCAGACUGUCUCAUCUCCAUCGGCUCAUCCUCCUACAGCGAUGCCUGCAAGAUCGGCGCUCAGCUGGCUGCUACCCUGCCUCCGAAAUUCACUACAAAGGAGAUGGAAAGCCUCAUCGACCAGCAGAAAGGUAGCGGGAUCACAAAACCGGCAUCUAUCAAAGUAAUUCUCGUACCCACAUCCCUCAGUGCAAGCGAAUGGAACGGCUCAAGCUCCUGCACGAACGAAAGUGGGAAGAAACAGCAUUUCAGCUCCGGUAGCCACCGCGCCGCAGCAGCAGAUCUGAUACUGAUGGACCCAGUGCUUGCGUCUACCGCUCCAGAAGAGCUCUGGCUUUCUUCGGGAGUGAGAUGUAUUGACCACUGCGUCGAGACGAUUUGCAAUGAGCAUUGUACUCCGGAUGCUAGCAAGGACGCCCAAGCCGGUUUGGCCAGUAUGCUCAAAGGUCUGCUUGAAUACAAGGAAGGCGAAGGCAGGGACAAGGAGAGGCUGCUGAAGGGAAUCUCAGACUGCCAGCGAGGAUCGAGACAAGCUAUCAAGGCCAUGAUCAUCCAUCGGAAUAGUUUCGGUCCUAGUCAUGCUAUUGGGCAUCAGCUAGGCAGUGUUGGGCAUGUCAUGCAUGGAAUAACGAGUUGUAUCAUGCUGGCGCCCGUACUCAAGUAUCAGGCUCCUGAUCGUCGGGAGCAACAAUCUACAGUGCUGAAGGUAUUCAAUGAGACUUUGGGAUGGCAAGAAAAGGAUGCAGCUGAUGCGGUGACGAGGUUUGUCAAGCUGCUGGGAUUACCUACGAGAUUGGCAGAGGUCAGAGUGACGCGAGAGGAGGAUAUCGAGAAGAUUGCUGAGAAGACCAUGACUGAUAUUUGGGGCGGUGGGAAGCCGCAGUUGUCUAGUCCACAGGAGGUCAUGAAGAUUCUGGAUAUGGCGAGAUAG